AUGCGCCAGCUGACGCGCGGACGCAAGGAUGAGGCUGACCAGGAACGGAACGAGCUCGUGCAGGCUCGGAAUGAGGCGCUUCAGACCAAGGACGAGGAGCCCCGCCGACAGGACGACCCGAUCCAGGCCAGGAACGAGUCGGUGAAGGCGCGCGACGGGCCCAGACCGGCGCUGGACGAGUCUGCGAAGCUCCGGGACGAGCCGGGACCUGCUCUGGACGAGCGUGACGAGUCGCGGGACAGGCCGAGGUCGGCGCGGGAGGAGUCUGCGGAGCCGGAGCGGCGGACGAGCCGGCCCGGGCAGCCGUCCGGGGAGACGAUCGAGCGAGACGAGGACACACUCAGCGACCUGGAGACGCACGACGCAGCGCUGUCUGGCUGCCGACCGCGGCGUGCGUCCUCCUGGCGGCGGGUGUCAGAACUACGCGACCUGGCUUCGCCCACCGACAGCCUGGGCUCCGACGACCUGAUGGCCGACUUCGAUAAGGACUCGGACACGCUCUGCGACGACGACGAGAGCCUGUCGGGCCAGAUCACGCGGCUGCAGCGGAUGAGGAUCCGGGCGGCGAGCAGCGCCGAUGCCAGCCGACCCUCGCCGGAGCCGACCGGGCCGGCCAAGCUGCUGCGGCCACCCCGCCAGAGCUCGACACAAGACGCCGAGGACUGGCUCCUGAUCGACCGGGACACGUAUAUGUACAUGGCGCAGGACUUCACCCACACCAAGACCAUGCUGCACAAGCUGCGCCGCGUGCUGCAGGAUUCGGAGACGUCCAAUCCGUUUGAGCACAGUCUUCAGCCGGGCCGGCGCGGCACGUCGGUGUCCAGCGAGGUGUCGUCGUUAGACGGCAGGGGCAGCGUCGACGGUGGCGCCGACCUGGCGGCGGAGAACGCCGACCUCAAGAAGCAGGUGGCGGCACUGCAGCAGCAGCUGGAGGAGAAAGACCGCACCAUCCACCUGCUGCAACAGCAGAUGUCUAAGUACGCCACGACGGCGCUAGAUGUCAGCACGGUCGCCACUCAGGCCAGCCAGGUGGUGACGGAGGACCCGCACGUGAUCACCUUCCGGAUCGGCCAGCGUCUCCGCAGGUAAAUGAGCGGUAGGACCGGAGCCGCGCGGGCAGCUGACCCUGGGCAGCGCCGGAGGGCUGAGCCCU